CUUCCUGACCUGACCUUGGAAAAGCCCAUGUGUAUUCUGGCAGGUGGUUGUAGGAUAAAAACCUGACGUGUCUCUGAUAAGAACUGUGCGUGUGCCACGUUGCCAAACAGUGAGUACAGUCAUAAAUUGAACCCCUCACUAAUUUCAUUUUCUUCAAAAGAUAGAAGGGGACAUCUCCUCUGAGCCAUGUCUGGACUGAACGCCUCUCUCGGAUACUUCCUGACUGCUGUGAUUUUUGCAGCCUCAGUUCGAUAUCUCCUUAAAAAAUGGCCACGGUUCAGCUUUAUCUCAGAAUUUGCGUCCUCUUUCAUGCUGGUGGCAUGUUGGCUGGAGGUGCAGACCAUCGUGGAUGUGGGUGAGUGGGCUGGGGGCUUGGGUCCUGAUGUGACUGUAACCAUACGGUUCGUGGUGCUGCUCACGCACGGUGUGAUCUGUGGUGAUGUGUCAGGGAAUCCCACCCUGGCUGUGCAGAAAUUCCUGCAGUUUGAGUCCUCUACCGUACCCACACUGCUUGCUGUUGCUGCCCAGUUUGUUGGGGCUCACCUAGGCCUUCUUGCAACCACAUACUACUGGAGCCUGGAGCUGACAGACAUGCACAUGAUCAAAAAUCUGAUGGCCAGAGAGUGCAGCACAUCUCUGCUGGUCCCUGUGCUUCAAGGAUUUUUUACUGAGUUUGCCUGUGCCCUCAUCUUACACCUCAUCCACUUAAUCCUGCAACGCAGAUCUGCUCUGAUCCGAACACCCCUGAUCGCUGUCCUCCUCACAUUCCUGUCCCAUACAGCCAGAAGUUAUACCUCAGCUUACAUAAAUCCAUCAUUGGCGUAUGGACUCACCUUCUACUGUUCUGGAUUCACCUUCGCAGAGUAUGCAGUUGUCUACUGGCUGGGCUCUUUCACAGGCAUGACUUUGGCUGUCUUCUUGUACACGGGCCAUAUUCCAAGGAUUUUUGCCAAGAAUUUACUAUAUUUCCAGAAGACACGUUUCAGAGUGCCAAAAACAGACAGAGCAGAAAAGAAGAAAAUGUGAAGAAUUAUCCUAUUUUUUUUAAAUAUACAAACCUUGAACUGACAGCCAGUGCUCAGUAGUAAAACAGUGUUUUUAAUUUAACAGUUCUGUGUGAAAAAAAAAAAAAUUGGUAUUUAAAAAUAAAGAAAGAAAGAAAAUUUUCAUUUUUGUCCUCCA